AACAAUUUGUUUUGUUGUGACUGAAUCCAAAAUGUCAGAAAAUAGAAAACUUGUACUGUCAGAUACUAAAUAUUGUGCAGACCAUUUAAUUAUAAAUUUUCCAAUUUGUGUUGCAGUAUUGAUGACCCAAAGUGGGAAAUUUGGUUCCAUUUCUUAGCCAGAGAAUCUGUGUGUAGAAGAAUUUACCAGUCAGACAUAUCAUUUUUGACUAUGGUUUCUCUUAUUCGGAGUGAGGGCUAUGGAGCUGAUGAUUAUAUGUACUAUGUUAUCGAUGAGGAGAAAGGAAUAGAAGGUAUGGAGCAUCUUGGUUCUGAACAUGAUGUGCAGCAAAUGUUAAUUCACUUUGAGAAGGAAACGAGUGUGAACAUACGAGUUGUCAGGGCAGAUGAGCCAUGUAAUGCAGAUGAAAAUAGAGAUAGUUAUUUUGCUCAACAUUGCAUUAACACUCAACAAAGUUGCACAAAGUUGGUGGAUGCAGUGAGUGACAGAAAGGAUGAGCUUAAGCAAAGUAGUCUGCAGAUGGAAGCUGACUUUAACCAUUUUGAAGGUGACACUGAUGUGUCUGAAUUUCUUUCUGAUGAUGCACAGUCAGGUCCAGAUGACAACAAUGUGCAAUUACAUCCAGGUUCUCCCUCAGAAGAAGAAGCUGCAGAAGUAGAUACAUCAGUGGUCCAGAAACUUAAGCCAGUCAGAAACCCUGGUCCAACCAGUAGAUCCCACCAAGAGGUUGAGAAAGAGGUAAAACCAGACUGGUUUCCUGAAGCAAAUGAAUUUUGUUUUCCUGGUGAUGUUGGCAUUAGUGAUGAAGAAGAAGAGCCUGAAGGAGCUUUCAAACUAGCAAGUGGCAGGAAGAGAGUGUUGAAGAAGACAAAGGAUAGGGUAUGGUUCAAUGAGAAGCUUCCAGAUCCACAUGAACAGUUUUGUAAGGGAUUGUGCUUCACCACUGUUUAUGAGUUCAGAGAUGCACUUAGGGAUUUUCACAUCAGGACUCUGAGGAAUUUCCAGUAUCACAGAAAUGCACCUGAUAGGAUUAUUGUUUGGUGCUCAGAGAGAGCCCAUGGAUGUGAUUUUCACAUCAGUGCAUCUAAGAUAGCUCAUGAAAAAACUUUUUGCAUCAAGAAGUGUGAUAUGCUGCAUACUUGUGGAGCAUGUGCAGAGACUACAAAGGUUACUACAAAGUGGUUGUCCAAAUCAGUACAACCAGCAUUGAGAGAAGACAUUAGAUCUCCUGUGGAUGCAUUAAUAAAGAAGACUAAGACUAAAUUCUCAGUUGAUGUUUCAAGAAGUGUUGCCUAUAGGGCAAGGAGGAAUGCUGUUGGUGUGGUGCAGGGUGACCACAAGCAGCAGUAUUUGAGGCUGAGGGAUUAUCUUCAAGCUGUUCUUAAUACAAACCCUGGGAGCCGGUGUAUUGUCACAAUAUUUGUUGACCCAGAAAACCCUGCACCCACUCCUAGAUUCAAGUACAUGUUCUACUGUUUGGCAGCUUCAAAGGAAGGGUUUCUUAAUGGUUGUAGACCAUUUAUAGGGCUUGAUGGAUGUUUCAUCAAGUUAACCACUGGACAACAAAUUCUUGCUGCCAUAGGAACGGAUGGCAACAACAACAUCUACCCUAUAGCUUUUGGUGUGGUUGACAAGGAAGAUGGAGACAGUUGGACAUGGUUUUUAACUCAGUUGAGAUGCUGCAUUGGUAGUGGCAACAAAUUUGGAACAUACACAAUAAUAUCUGAUAGGCAAAAGGGUUUACUUAAGGCAAUAAAUGAAGUGUUCCCUGAUUCACCUCAAAGAUUUUGUCUUAGGCACAUAUAUGCCAACUUCCAAUCAGCUGGUUACAGAAGCAAAGAACUAAAGAAGUGUGUUGACAAGGCUAGCUACUCUUAUACUAGACAUGGGCAUGAAUUAGGGAUGGCAGAGCUGAAAGCACAGUGUGAGGAUGCUUGGAAAUGGCUAAUAAAUAUAAAGGUCUCUGCUUGGGCUAGGUAUGCUAUGGACCAUACUUGCAAAACAGAUCUAGUUGUGAACAACCUUAGUGAAGUCUUCAACAAGAUGAUACUUGAUGUUAGAUCCAAACCAAUAAGGACAAUGUUUGAAUGGAUCAGGACAAAGCAGAUGAUCAAGAGGCAACAGACUAGGGAGAAGUUACAGACUUGCAGGUGGACAAUCACACCAAAUUACUCAGAGAUUCUUGAGGAGAAUAAAAAAUAUGCCAAGUACUGCCAGGCUGACAGAGCUGGUGAAACAAUUUGGCAAGUAACAAGCAAAGAAAAGCAAUAUUGUGUGGACAUGGCAACCUGCACAUGUGACUGCAAGAGAUGGAACAUGACAGGUGUACCUUGCAGUCAUGGCAUAUCUGCAAUGACAAAGCAGAAGCUGCAUCCUGAGGACUAUGUGUCUGAAUUCUUCAAGAAGCCAUUGUACAUGGAGACAUACAAAGAAAUUAUUUACCCUGUCCCUGGUCCAGAUUGCUAGCCUGAUACAAACACUCAAGACAUUCAUCCUCCUGUGUUUAAAGAAAAGGCAGGCAAAAAACAGACAGCAAGGAGGAAGGGAGAGUUUGAAGUUCCAGCUCCAAGAGACACAAGUAGGAUGGGCACUAUCACAUGUGGAAACUGUGGUUUGGAAGGACAUAGGUAUACAACAUGCAACAAGACUCUGAAGCCUAGUCUUCAGAUGAGGAAAAACAAACACCAGGAAAACAGGGCAGUUUACUCUGAUAUACCUGUUGCAACAACCACCUCAGUCCUGUUGCAAGAGGUAGAAGAGGAGCACAAGCUGCAUCUCAACCAGGUCCUUCUACUUCUGCAUCAGGCCCUACACCAAUAGCUAAAAGAGGUAGGACUGCAGGUGGAGGGAGGACUCAUGGAUUCACUGCACCAAGAGCUGCAACCACUUCUGAUAUUCAAGUUGGGAGCAAGAGGAAGAGGACCCCAAGCUCAAAAUUGGCAGACUACUUCUACUGUAGUGGUAACUACUGAAACCUGAUAGCACUGUGGUUAGUUUUAUGCGCACUAUCUGAAUUUGUUGUGCACUUUUCUGAAACUGUCGUGCACUUUCCUGAA